AUGUUCUUCAGUUACCACAGAGACACUGUUGUUCCUCAAACGAACGUCAUAGUGAGCAGUGAACCCACGAAAGGUUCAAGCCAAGAAGACACUCCGCUUGAAAAUCUGCUGAGCAAUACUGUUGCUAAAAAGCGUCAGAACACAAUCCUGGUAAAAGUACCAGGUCCCGACGAGAGCCAAGAGGAGCAGGAGAGCGGCUCAGAGGCCAGUGACUCUGUGUCCAACGGCUGCGUCCAGAGCAGCCAGAACGUCACCCUCAUCACGCUCAACUCAGAAGAGGAUUACCCCAGCGGCACGUGGCUGGGAGACGAGAACAACCCCGAGAUGAGGGUUCGAUGCCCGGUCUCCCCCGCCGACAUGCUCCACAUCUCCACAAACUGCCGCACCGCAGAGAAGAUGGCGCUCACUCUCCUCGACUACCUGUUCCACCGCGAGGUCCAGGCCAUGUCCAACCUGUCGGGCCAAGGCAAACACGGCAAGAAGCAGCUCGACCCCCUCAUGAUCUACGGCAUCCGCUGUCACUUGUUCUACAAAUUUGGCAUCUCUGAGUCGGACUGGUAUCGCAUUAAACAGAGCAUCGACUCCAAAUGUCGCACGGCCUGGAGACGGAAACAGAGAGGGCAGAGUCUGGCCGUGAAGAGCUUCUCCAAACGCACUCCCCGCUCCUCCGUCUCAGAGACUGAAGCUGCGCAGAUAGAAACAGCCACACAACAGACUCUGCAUUACACUCUGGCCAAUCAGCAGGUCCAGUUCCACCGGAUCGGAGAGGACGGACAGGUGCAGGUGAUUCCCCAGGGACAGCUGCACAUCGCUCAGGUGCCACAGGGAGAAGAGGUGCAGAUCACACAGGACAGUGAGGGAAAUCUACAGAUUCAUCAGGUUCACGUCGGGCAGGACGGACAGGUGUUGCGUGGGGCUCAGCUGAUCGCGUUGGCCUCGGCCGACGGCAGCGCCACCGCCGUGGAAGGUGCGACCCUGCCCCCGGACAUCCAGGUGCAGUACGUCCAGCUCGCGCCCGUCACCGAGCACGCCGCCGCCGUCCAGGCGGCGGAGCUGGCCUUGCACGCCGACAUGGAGGUGAAGGAGGCCAUCCAGGGCGCCAUCCAGGGGGAGAACGGCGAGGUCAAAAUGGAGAUCGUCACCACGGUCGCGACCUGAGAGGGAGAAAAAAAGAAACCCACAGACUCUGAAAGGUUUUCGUUAACGUAGUUCGAGAAGCUACCGUGUUUUAAACGAGCGAGAGACGCGGGGGUGAAGUGAGAGGAUUAGUCAUGCAGGUAAUGUUCUCAAAAGUGGAAAUGACAAAAAAAAAAAACAAGACGACGCUUAAAGUUGUGGUGGAGCUGUCACCGGGACGAGACCCAGAACGAGACCGGGACCCAUCUCUCCACCGCCUCAUCGCGUUCUUCAGCCGUGGAGAUGGUGGGUUCGGCUUCGCGGCGCUCGGGCGGCUCCUCCGACGGCUCCUCCGACGGCUCCUCCGACGGCUCCUCCGACGGCUCUCCGACGAGCCGUGGAGCUCCUCUUUGUCCUGGAGGAAAAGUAGUUGUAGAUUAGAAGAUUUCAGCUCAUUUACUCAAAAGUUCGGACACGUUUUCCUGGACCGUGGGCGGCUCGGUCGAACACGAAGAUCAUGUUUUUUUGAAGAAUCAUCAUCAGGAUCAUCAGAUGUUUUCACAAUCCAAGAAAAAUGUGAUGAAACUUGUAUUUAAAUGUACAAUUUUAUGCUUAAAGAGCUCGUAUUACACUGUUCUCUGAUCUCUGUUCUAAUGUCGUUUCCUCAUCACGAACAGACCGGACAGAAAACACUUUGUUCCACCUUGUGAUGUCAUGUCAAAGCUCCACUGUGUUUUUAAACUCCACACACCUUCACUAGGAUCAUUUGGAUCAGUUCAGCCCUUUAAUUUCCAAACUCUACUGAACUAAAGGUGCCGGAUUUUUCAGAUUAUAAAGCGCGAGAUCAGUAAUGUUGGAUUUUCUCGUCUGUUUUCACACGUAAAAAACAUUAAACGAAAGAUAAGUCAAACUUUAUUCAACUCAUUCACAAAAACAAUCAACACAUAAUUUUUUCAGUUCAUUCCUCGUCUACAAAUCCAUCAAACUCUUCAUCUUCAGUGUCUGAGUUUUCCGAUCCAGUUCAACUUUAUUUGUGUGGAACAUUUUACAAACAAAACUUUUUUUUUACUUUAAAAAUGAAAAAAAUCAGCAGAAUUAUGUUUAAUAAGGACACUAAUAGAAUAAAAAAAUAAAAUAAUAAAAUCAAUGAACAAAAAUAAUAAAAUCAAUCCAUAAAAGCGAUACUGAAAUGAUAAAAUAGAUAAAAAAUAAAUAAAUAAAAAUUAAAUAAAAAUAAAAAUAAAUAAAAUAAAAAUAAAUAAAUACAAUUAAAAAAAAAAAAAAAAUUAAAUAAACAAAAUUAAAAUAAAUGAAACGAAAAUAAACAAAAUGAAAAUAAACAAAACAAAAAUAAACAAAACAAAACAAAAAUAAAGGAAAUGAAACGGAGGAGCGCACAACUCACGCGGUGUUAAAAUCCUGAGAGUAAAUGUGGGUCUUAAGACGAGGUUUAAACUCUGUGUCUCUGUAAAACUGUUGGGACGUGUGGGGGGGGCAGAGCGUCCAGAGUUUGGGGCCGACCACAGAGAAGCUCCUGUCCUCCUGGUUUUAAGUCUCGUUUUGGGGACCACGAGCUGGAGCUGGACCUGGGACCUCAGCGCACGUGCGGAGUGUAAAUCUGGAUCAGGUCCGAGACGUAACGUGAGGUUAGUCCAUUCAAAGCUUUAAAAACAAAUAAUAAAAUCUUAAAGUCUGUUCUAAAUUUAACAGGAAUCCAGAGCAGCGACACAUGAAUUGGGGUAAUGUGAGUUUUGGGCGAUUUCUGCCUCGAGCUCGGAUCCUCUCGUCAUGAUCCGAGUCUCGUCGUCUCUGGUCCUUCGUUGUUCGGUGAUGAUUCGGGGCUUCGUGAAGCUCGCACGACACUUGAGUUUGAUCCUUUAGCUCAGGCGUCAUCGAUCCAGCGGCAGAUCGAAGGUGCAAGUCGCCCGACGUCGCCUCCCUGACCUGUGAAUGUGUGUUAGACUUAGACUUAAACAAACUUUACUGAUCUACAAGGGAAAUGAUUUGGACACAGGAGUCAAACAUCACAAUAUCAAAUAAUAACAAAGAGUAAAAAUAUAAAUGUGAUAAUAAAUUCUAAAUAAGUAGCAAAAAAAACAAAACAAAAGAGCAAUAGACGUGUCAAAUAAGGCAGAAUUAUGUAAAUGUACAAGUAAAAAUAAAAUAGAAAGAUAAAAAUAAGUAAAAAAAUGUGAAUGUGUUUUACUCUGUGAAGUUACCAAAGUCGUACUAAAACAUUUUGACAGAUUUUUGAGCUCCGUGUGCUACAGAAAAUCAGUUCGAGGUCAAUAACACAACCACAAUUAAUACAUAAAACACUGGAUUAUUAUCAAGGAUGGUGCCACCUAGAGCCUCAAUGUCAUUUCUCUUCAGAGACGAGAUCAGGAAUCAGAAAACACGAGACGAUUUGCAAAAAGUCCAGAAGUGUGAGAAUCAGAGAAGAGACAGACAUUCUGUGUUGUCGACGAUUCCCGAGAUCGAGGAUUUAAAGUCUGAACAAAGAGAAUGUUCGGUGAAUUUUAUCACAUACAUACAUAGAAUUAAUGUUUGCACAAAUUUUUUGCUCUAAUAAAGCUUGAAAUUAACUGAAAAAAAAAAAAAAAACAAACUUAAAAAUAAUAAUAAAUGGUGUUGUGGGGUUGAGGUGUCCAGGCUGGCGCCCCCUAGUGCCUCCACUCAGUUUCAUUUCUCUCCAGCGACUAGUUCAGGAAUCAGAAAACACCAGACAAUUCACAAAAACCCCGGAAGUGCAAGUUCAGGCUCCAGACAUUCUGUGUUGUCAACGAUUCCCGAGAUCGAGGAUUUAAAGCCGGAACAAAGAGAAUGUUUGGUGAAUUUGAUCUCGGGGAAAGACGUUAUUGUUCUUCUUCCUACAGGAUUUGGAGCUUUACAAACGUCACAAACAAACAGCAGCGAUUGGUUCAAUAAAAAAAGUCCCCGUCUACUGUCGAGCGAACGAAUCGUAAAGCUGCAGGUCACACGGUUUCCACCAAGUGAAACCGACUCAGGAAUCAGGACACUGGAUUAUAAAACGCCCUGUCGAUUUUUGAGCAAAUUAAAGGAUUUUCAGUGCGUCUUAUAGUCUGAAAAAUACGGUAAAAGGAGCUGUUCACUUGAAAAACACCACUUCAUGACAUCACAAGGUGGAACUGAGCAUUUAGAGCUUUGGAGAUGUUACAGACUCAUAAUAAAAAGUUACUCAAAUGUGGGAAUGAAACAAAAACACAAGUCCAGAAUCUGUGUUUCAUUCGUUCAUUCGUUUUUCAAUAUAAAACCAAAAAUAAG